GUGAGUGUUGCGAAUCCCUCCCAGUGAGAUGAUGUGUGUGGGAUGGCCGCCAUGGGCAACACACCUGUCAGUCAGUCAGUCAGUCCAUCAACACAGUCAGGCAGACAGGCCAAUAAAUUCAUGUGGGCGACAGAGAGAGAGGGGAGAGCCAGCCAUCGUCAUGCAUCCCCACGACCGACAUGCCCAGGCCGGCCACAUGUGACUGAAUCAAUGAACGCGUCAGUCAGGUGCCACACCAUGAUCCCUGGCCACGCAGGCAACACAGACACUUCACGAGAGAGAGAGGCCAUCGAUGUGUACAGACACAUUAAUUCCGUAUACAUGUACAGAGAUCGAGGGCCAUGCAUAAACACAGACAGCGUAGCCCAUCACAUAGCCACCCAGCCGGAGCAACCACGCACUCAAUCCAUCCAUGUGCAACACUCUGACGCAUCCAUCGGUUCUACCCCCGCUCAGCUGCCGUAUGGCCUCUCUCCCGCCCGCCCCUCUGCAACGCACCGUCUCCCCUCUCCAGUCUGUGUGUGUGUGUUGUGUGUCAUCUAAGAUCCUCUGUCCUUGUUGCCCUUGCCGGCCGGCGCGUGGGCGGAGUUGGGAGCGCCCUGGCCCUUCUCGCGGAGUUCCCGUAUUCCAGGGGACACGCGCACCCCCACCCCCUCACCGCCCCGGCCCCCGCAGCUGGGCUGCCCUGUGUGGGCACUCGACGGCCCCUCUCGGCCCAGCAACUCCGAGUACUCGUCGCUACCUGAUAACACACACACACGCAGACACCCAAUCAGACAGACAGACAGACGAGUGAUGCAGAUCGACAGGAGCCAGGGGAUCUGUGCUGUGUUGUGUUGCUUACCUCCGCUGGCCUCUUGGCCGUCGUUGGGAUGCAUAUCAUCGUCAUCGUCAUCGCCACCAUCAACGUCUCCAUCUGCAGCAUCCAUCCAUUCAUCCAUGUGUGUGUGUGUGUGUGUGUGUAUGUCCUGCUCUCUCCCCACCGUCAUCGUCGUCACCCUCAGCCUCACUCUCGCCACCGCCGUCCUCAUCUACACCACAGAGACAGAGAAGGCACAUCCAUCCAUCCAUUCUCGUGUGUGUCUCCUUCCCUCCCUCUGUCUGUCCGUACCAUCGUCACUGUCGUCGGCCCCCCUGCUGCUGCGGAUGCUGGGGCUGUUGCGGCGGCUGUUGUCCGUCGAACACGUAUGGUGCCACUCGCUCAAAGGCCACACGGGCCAGCUGAGCGGUCAAGCGGAAGCGGUCCUUGAAGGCACCGCUUGCACACACAGGCAACUCGGUCGUCUCGACUUGAAGCGCCACUGCAGACAGUCAGACAGAAGACACUGAUGAAAUUUGACCAGCAUAGCUGCCUGUCUGUCGGCCUCACCGCCGUUUCCCUCAUCCAGAAUCCAAAUCCAUACGACGAACUUGUGGCUGCUGUCGGUGAGCACCAGGUAUCGCAAACGACCGUCUUGACUGAAUGUGGUGAUGCAUCCGGCCACCGGUGUGUGGGGCGACUGAGUGAGAAGGUCAUCCAGACGGCCGUCACCAACACGCCUGAACCAACUGCGCACACACACAAUCAAAGCACCCCUCUCGCCACUGCUGCCAUUGGUGUACUACCUGUUGAGUCUAGUAAAUGUGCGAUUGGUUUUGUGGGUCAUGAGGAUGAGGAAAUGGUCGAGGAUCGCACGCUUGGCGAAGGACGACACCGACGCAUCGGGGAACGGGUCACCCACCGAAACCCAUUCGCCACGCACGGAAACUGGCGGGUCAUCCUGUCGUCGGUGCCGCUGGUACAGAUGGUGGGCAGCAAGGUGCGGGUUGAGGGCGAGCCGGAAGGCGGGCUCGUCCUUGAUGGCCCGCACCUCACCAUUGGGAUGGCGGAAGAUCUGCAGGCAGCUGCCAUCACUGAACCGCACACGGCGGCCGACCACCAUGAGCUGCGCCAACACACGGGGAACCGACAUGUACGCCUACACGACACACACAUGGAUGGGUAAACGCGGCCCUUUCUUGCCCGCCCUCCCGCCUGUGAGUCCCACCGUCUCGUCGGCGUGUUUGUUGAUGUCGUCAGCAGUGAGGUUGACGGGCAGCGUGCAGCAGCCGCACUGGCUGGCCAGCUGCAGCACCUCAGCCACCUCCUCCCAGCUCCGCUCCAGCAAGUAGACCACCUUGAAGCCACUCUCGAGGUCACUGAUGGUGAAGGACAGGACGUCCUGCAGGCCAAGACGGACCAGCUCCUCCUCUAUGUGCUGCUGGACGAGCUCGAGCAUCAAGUUCACGUCAGCGGAAGGGAACUUGUGAUCUGUGCCGUGACUGCCGCUCGAUUCGAGUCAUCAGCCGACAUGGCCAUGUGGGCGGCCUUCUUGAUGGUGGCUGCCUCCAGAGAGGGGACGGGAGGAGGGCUCGGAGGCCGGUGAGGGGUGGGCUGCUGAGUGGGGCGAUGGUCACAGUGAGGCUGGGACGCCAUCGGUCGGCGAGUGGUCUGCAUGACACAAAGGCGUGAACACGAUGUCACUCAGCACGCCGUGUGCCUGUGUCUGCUUUUCUCGCUUCUUUACGUGCGGGCGAUGAAUCAACGGCCCUUCCUCUGUGCAGCAACUGCGGCGCGCCCUGCAGACACGGACAUGCAAGCAUUCGGAAGCGCUUGCAUCGAAGGAUGAGCCCGCCACAUGUCCGCCGGUCUUUCGCUGACCUGGUGCCAGACAGUGAUGGCCUGAAGCGAGAGGGCAACACGAGAUGACGAUGGAGAGCUCGCAACGAG